AUGACUGGCCCAACUGCAGUCACUCCCUCUCCACACGACCUGCCGGCCAAUUUCGCCUAUCAUCCUUCCUACGACGAGGCGAUCAGCUACAUCGCAGAGUCCGACGAUGUUUCAGCACUGGAGAGUAGCCAGGACAUCGACUGGCCCACCCUCAAGAAUGCCAUCAAGGCAAAGAUCAGCGACAUCCUAGCCGGCUUUCCAGAGAAUCCAGAGCCCCUACUGCACCCUGCUGCAGUCAGAAGUACAACAAACGGCUCAAGCGACGCUUCUACCUCGACAUCACAAGGUGCAGCUACAGCUCUGGCCUCGCGCUUCUCUAGUGCUGCUUCUACCUCCCGUAACGGUAGGACAGGUCCCGGCUUCGCUGAUGACUCCUCCUCAUCCGACGAGUCGGAUUUGCUCGAGGACUCGAACUCUGCCCUCAUCUCUGGACCCAGCGCAGGGGGAGAGGGCGAUGACUCUACCAAUGGAGUCACAUCCACCUUCAUGGCCGCCAAGACUCGUCCGCCACCCGAGAGAUAUGGCAGCUGGGGACGAAGACUCAGCAAGGAAGAGACGGCCAGGGAGAAGUUGAUGGUGUUCGGUAUGCUCGACGAGUUUGACACAUCACCGCCAUUUACCAUUCAGCGUCUCUGCGAGCUCUUGCUGUCUCCCCAAAGCUUUGUCCGAUCGGGUCCCAAGUUUCUCUCGAGUCUAUCAAGAAUUCUGGCCAUGACUGCCUCGCAUGCAGACUUUCCUCCCGUAUCGCCAGGUACCGCUCCGACUGUAGCCAAUGGCGUUGGAGCAUACGACAGGACGAGCGGCAUGGUUGGCCCUCCAAGCCCUAACAAUGAGCCCAUCUUCAGCCCAAUUCCCUUCUUGAGAAGGGCGAGCAAGGAGGCAGAGGGCGAUGAAGCGGCAGCCCACUUGGAAGGAAGUGUGCCUCCGCUGCACCUAGACAAGGAUGAAUUGAUGGAAGGCUUCAGCAGUACCACUUCCGAUCAUGCUGCUCCUCUCCUCUCCGGCGCCAGCUUGGGAAUGGCAGGCGGUGGGGCUGCAGCGGCAGGCUCGUUCUCCCCUGAGCCUGUGUCUCAUGCACCGCCUGUCACACAUACCGCUCAGCAACCUCCCAUCGACUCUGUCGACCAUGCUUCGGCAAUGCCUCCUGCGACGACAAGUAGUGCUGGCAGUACAGGGUCGAUGCAUGUACCACUGGGCGUACCCACUGGCAGAGUGGACGAGCUGGACCAAGUCACCUCCUCGGGAGCAGCUAUGCAGAGUACAGGAACAUCAUUGAAUGAAGAACAGGCGACAGAUGCGGAAGCGAAGGGGGAUGGACGAGAGACGCUGCAUCGCAUGGAUGGGAGCGGCACGGUGCAUCCCUUGAGUAGCACCACCACGGUCCCUUCCGCUGGCGAAAGCGAAGAAGAGGCACGGGCGAUGAAGCGGUUGAGAAGUCGAGACUCAGAACAGGAGGCAAACGAGGUGCAGGAGUAG